UACAAAAACGUCUGCUACGGAGCUAUAACGUGAGGUACAAGGCCUGAUGAGCAGAGUGCAGGCCAUCAGGGACCACCGUGGUAAGGACUGCCGUUUCCUGAGCUUCAGAAAGGGAGACACCAUCUUUGUUUACCACAAACUGUCAGGAAAGAGGGAAGACCUCUGGGCAGGCAGUAUUGACAAACAGUUUGGCUAUUUCCCAAAGGAUGCCGUGCAAGAGGAUCAGGUUUAUGCUGCUGUGGAGAAAGUAGUGGAAACACAGAAAUCUGAUUUCUUCUGUAUGGAUGAGUUUGGUUAUCCAAUUGACUCCAGUCAUCUGGACAGUGAUGAUGAUAAGGAUGAUGACAAUCCCAAAAUCCAGAACCAGGAGUCAGAAAUCACUCAAACCACUCCACACACCGUCGCCACAAAUGCUGAAAGCCCUUCAACGUCUGAAGAUCCCUCUACAGAGUCUCCAGUUCCAGCACAGGACGCUGACGGCACGUCGACAGAAGAGGCGGAAAACAAAAACGCUAGGGAUGCUGCUGUCGGGAUUCACGAGGAAGCACGGGAGACUCCUGCGCCUCUGAACGAACAAGGUGGGUCUGCCCCCUCUUCCUGGCUCGGUUCUUCCGUGACAGGAUGGUUAGGUCUGGCUAAAGAGGAAGAAGCUGGCAAUUUGGCUGAAGGAGAGAAUAAAGAUGAGAGAAAAGAGAUGCAGGCCGAAGCUUCUGUCGCUUCUUCAGUGACAGGGUGGCUGGGGUUUGGAGGAGAAGGAAAACCUGAUGAUGUCGUGAAUAUUGUGGAAGAAGACGGAGAAACUGCUGAUUCUUUCACUUCAACCAUGACUGGGUGGCUUGGCUAUGGAGGAGAGAAAAAAACAGAUCAUCCGGCAAAAGAAGAGCAAACAGAAGAACGAGAAGAUGAUGAAGAACCAGCGGAGACAUUCAGGAGUAGAAGGAUGUCUCUGGACCUAGAAGGCAGCCAAUUACAUGAAGAGGAGAAGAAAGAGAUGGGGACAUUGGGUUGGCUAGGUAACAGGCUGUCAAGCACGCUGGGGUUUGGCCUGACCAAUCAGGAGUCAGGGCAUGAGACAACACCUGAAAUAGAGGCCAAGGAGACAAUCCAGGAGAAGGUAGAACAGCCAGCGUCUGGUUCUUGGUUGGAUAUAGGGAUCAAGGACAUUUUAGGCUUCGGGAAAGACAAGGGUGAAGUUGAUGAGGGUACAGGAAGCGAUUUUAAGGAGACAGAAGAGGACAAAACCUUAGAACAACCAACUGGCUCAGAGAAUGUGAAUACUAGUCAAUUACAACCCCAAGAAACUAGCAAUGAAUCAAAGGUGGGAGAAACUCCAAAGGAUCAAAAUGCCCCAUCAGAGAUCAGAGUCAACGCUGACAGUAAUAAUAACGAUAUAGGUACUUCAGACAGCAGCAAGGAUAGUGUCCUACCUAAAGAUGCAGCAUCCAAGGUAGAUGAGAAAGAUAUUUCUCCUCAGACCAUGGAGAGUAUGCAGGGUAAAGAUCAUCAGAUGCCCAAAUCGAUAGCUAAUGAGGGUGGGGAUAAUAACAGAGAGCCAGGAGAAGAAGAAAGUAAAACUGCAAGCGGCACUGAUCAGGGUUUUUUGACCCAAUCUGACAUCAAUUCAGGGCCUGACUUGAGUUUUGUGGAUUUAAAUAUAAACUCCAUUGGACAAUCUGUAGGCGAGGAUGAGAAGGAAAACACAGAGGACGUGGUUGGGGAAGGGCCCGAGAUCCCAAAUCAGAUCGACAACACAGAAGGAUCCACCGAUACGUCUGUUCCUGGCGCUGGUAGUGAUGGUCAUGAAGGUGAAGGGAAUAAUACAGAAACAGAUGUACUCCACCGGGAAGUUUCCACGACUCAGACUGAUGACUCAGCAGAAGAAAGUCGGGUCAGCGGCGGAGCGGGAGAAAGCAGUGGAAAGAGUCAGCCUUCUUUCUUAUCACCAGGCACAGCCAGGGAGAGAAAUGAACCUACCUCCGAUGAGGAUAACACUUUACCGGCUCACAGUGUAGAAAUGACCGUUGAUCAUUUCGAUUCACUAGCUAUGAAUGACAAUAACACAGCAAUAGAGACACAUCAGGGUGAGUUAGGAGAGGUGGGCAUCUCUCAGGAGUUUGGUUCAGCUCAUUCUACUAAUAGAAGUACUGAAACUAUGUAUGACAAUGCCUCAGAGGAGGACAGAAGAACAUUUUCCACUAGUGAGAGCACAAGACAGAUGGAAGACAAUGCAGACCAGGACUCUGUGUCUCCAGAUAUGCAACAGGGACACACACAAAGUGACGGUGAUGCACACGAGCUAAAGGAGACUGUAGAAGAAACUGAGAGAGACGGUGAAAACAACCUCCAGCCAGUUCAAACGGAGACAACAGAGUUUCAGAAAUACAUAUUGAAUGAAAGUGGUCUCAAGUCAGCUAUAGGCUCUGAAACAGAGACUGAGACAGAGGAAGUGGAGGAGUCAAAGGAAGAGGAAAAGCUGGGGGGGAUAGGAGAGUUAAAGAAAGAGGAGAAACAGAGGGAAGUGAAGGAGAUAAAGGAAGAGGGGAAACUGGAAGUAAAAGAGAUAAAGGAAGAGGGGAAACAGCAAGAAGUGAAGGAGACAAAGGAAGGGGUGAAACAGGAGGAGAUAGAAAAGUUAAAGGAAGAGGGGAAACAAGAAGUAAAGGAAGAGGGGAAACAGGAAGUAAAGGAGAUAAAGGAAGAGGGGAAACAGGAGAUAGAAAAGUUAAAGGAAGAGGGGAAACAGGAAGUAAAGGAGGUAAAGGAAGAGGUUAAACAGGAGGAGAUAAAAAAGUUAAAGGAAGAGGGGAAACAGGAAGUAAAGGAGAUAAAGGAAGAUGGAAAACAGCAAGAAGGGAAGGAGAUAAAGGAAGAGGGAAAACAGCAAGAAGGGAAGGAGAUAAAGGAAGAGGGGAAACAGCAAGAAGUGAAGGAGAUAAAGGAAGAGGGGAAACAGCAAGAAGUGAAGGAGAUAAAGGAAGAGGGGAAACAGCAAGAAGAGAAGGAGAUAAAGGAAGAGGGGAAACAGCAAGAAGUGAAGGAGAUAAAGGAAGAGGGAAAACAGCAAGAAGGGAAGGAGAUAAAGGAAGAGGGGAAACAAGAAGUAAAGGAGAUAAAGGAAGAGUGGAAACAGGAGGAGAUAGAAGAGUUAAAGGAAGAGGGGAAACAGGAAGUAAAGCAGAUAAAGGAUGAGGAGAAACAGCAGGACAUGAAGAAGAUAAAGGAAGAGGAGAAACAGGAAGUAAAGGAAAUAAAGGAAGAGGGGAAACAGCAAGAAGUGAAGGAGACAAAAGAAGAGGAAAAGCUGGGGGGGAUAGAAGAGUUAAAGAAAGAGGAGAAACAGCAAGAAGUGAAGGAGAUAAAGGAAGAGGGGAAACAGCAAGAAGUGAAGGAGAUAAAGGAAGAGGGGAAACAGGAAGUAAAGGAGAUAAAGGAAAAGGGGAAACAGGAGGAGAUAGAAGAGUUAAAGAAAGAGGAGAAACAGCAAGAAGUGAAGGAGAUAAAGGAAGAGGGGAAACAGCAGGACGUGAAGAAGAUAAAGGAAGAGGGUAAACAGGAAGUAAAGGAGACAAAGGAAGAGGGGAAACAGGAAGUAAAGGAGACAAAGGAAGAGGGGAAACAGGAGGAGAUAGAAAAGUUAAAGGAAGAGGGGAAACAGGAAGUAAAGCAGAUAAAGGAUGAGGAGAAACAGCAGGACAUGAAGAAGAUAAAGGAAGAGGAGAAACAGGAAGUAAAGGAAAUAAAGGAAGAGGGGAAACAGCAAGAAGUGAAGGAGACAAAAGAAGAGGAAAAGCUGGGGGGGAUAGAAGAGUUAAAGAAAGAGGAGAAACAGCAAGAAGUGAAGGAGAUAAAGGAAGAGGGGAAACAGGAAGUAAAGGAGAUAAAGGAAGAGGGGAAACAGGAGGAGAUAGAAGAGUUAAAGGAAGAGGAGGAACAGCAGGACGUGAAGAAGAUAAAGGAAGAGGGUAAACAGGAAGUAAAGGAGACAAAGGAAGAGGGGAAACAGGAGGAGAUAGAAAAGUUAAAGGAAGAGGGGAAACAGGAAGUAAAAGAGAUAAAGAAAGGGGGAAAACAGCAAGAAGUGAAGGAGAUAAAGGAAGAGGGGAAACAGGAGGCGGACAAGUUAAAAGAAAAGAAGAAACAGGAGAAGGUGGAGGAGAUAAAAGAAGAGGACAACCAGGAGGAGGAAGAGUUAAAGGAAGAGGGAAAGCAGGGGGAGGAAAAAGAGUUAAAUGAAGAGGAGAAGAAGGUGGAGAUAAAGGAGGGGAAGAAGCAGGAAGAGUUCAAAGAAAAGGAGAAGCAGCAGGAGAAAAGGGAAGAGUUAAAGGAGGUUGAGAGAGUAAAGGAACAAGAGAAGAAAGAGGGUGAAGAAAAGCAAGUACAGUCUCAUUUGGAGGUAUUAAUGGAAAACAGCAUCCCUUCUUUAUCUCACACUCAGAAAGCCACUGAAAGCCCAGAGUCAGAGAGCAACAGCUCUGUGUUCUCCGAAAUGCCCACAAAGACUCAAAAGAGACAGGCCGAAAACCCACAGAUGGACGAAGAGAAGAGAGAGGGGGAAAACAAGAAACAGGAGGAGGUUAAGGAAAAGCAGGAGACGGAGAAUUUGGAGGGGGAGAGGAAGAACAAAGGGAAAGAAGGGAGCCUUAAAUGUUCAAAUGAGCUUUGUCCUCAAGCUAGUGGAGACACAUUUGUGGGGGUCAAAGAUGGAAAAGAUUCUGCAAAUACGUUGAGCUCAAUAGAUGAGGGGACAAAGGAGACAGGAAAGCAAAACCCAGUGGCAGACAAUGAUCAAAUAUUAGCAGAUAGGACAGGAGUGAGUCAGAUGGUACCAGCUGACGACACGGAGAGAGAUGAGGAUGAAGAAAAAAAAGAUGAUGUUGCUAAGGCCGAUGAGGGGAGAGAAGAGCAGGUUGAGCAGAAAAACAAUGAUCUGCUACAUUCAGGGGAGAGUGGCCGAAACAUCCUUCCUAAUCAACUUUCCCUUAGUCAGACAGCUGAGAACAAAGAAGAUGAUCAAUUAUAUUCCAGUGAGGCAGACAACACUGAGCGUUCUGACGACAGUGUGCUCCGUCAGGGAGAUAAAACUAAGUCUGAAGACACUGAAACCAGCAGCAAAGGGAUUUCCACUGAGAAGGAAACUGAGCAAAUACACUCUGAUUAUGUGAUAGACACGGUGGAGGACACUGACAGGGAAGAGAGGGAGAUCAGCGUGAAGCAUGAUGAUGUAAGGGUGAAUGAGGGCAGAGAUCUGAGUACAGGUGGUACUGUAUUCAGGACAGAGGACGGUAUGGAGGUUUCCGUUUCGUCCAGUGACCCUGUUGAAAGCCAGGCCGUGACAUGUGAACAAACUGCUCCUCAACAUGCAUCCGGUUCUUCACAUCUGUCUGACGGUCUUAAUAAAGGAGCAGCAGAGACUGGAAGUGGAGGAGCAUUCGGCCUUUUCGAAAACGCCUUUAGCUUUUUUAGCCAAACGCCUGUCACCGAAACUACGGAAUCCUCAGAAUCUGCCCCAAGUUUGGAUUCUAACACAGGUGAGACAUCCGAGGCACAAGCCUCUCUCCCUCCCGAACAAGAACGGGAUUCAACCCCUGGUUCGAGUCAGGUUUACGUGCAAGAUUUGCACACAGACUCUCCCAUCACCUUGUCACAACAGCAGCUGCAGCCUCUCUUUACAGAGACCCAGGCGUCAUCUCCUCCCCCGACGCAGACCCGUUCUCAUCCCACAGAAAGCCCCAUCCAAACAAAAACCCUCACCAAACAUUACAAGAACCUUCUCAUCUACAUGAGCGCGGACGAGACGACUAUUAUGAUGGAGCUCUUUGGACGACACAAGCUGCAGUUUUUGGAUUACGUUUUAGGAAGCUCAGAAACCACGACCGAUGACCCCGACAAUGACGAAUCGAUAUUGUUGGAUAUAGAAAGACUUCUGCGUUAUCACAGGGAGACGCUGGUCGCUCCUAGCGUGAGGCUCACGGAUGCACCACAGGAGGACAAAGGAAAGACCACAACGCUCAUCGCACUUCAGAAGCUAGAAAUGCUGUUGGCGAGAGUGAGAGAGACUUUCAACACAGCCGAGGCCAGCUGUGUUGGUGAAUCCUGUUUGACUCACAGUAAAGAUAAGGAAACGGCCACCGAGGAAGAUCCUUCUGUGAGCCUGGAUAACCACAUCCCAAGAGAUGAAUGGAUGGGGCUGGAUGAAGAGAAAGACGGACGAUUGAGCGGAGGCACAGGAAAAGAGAGGGUGACUGAGGUUCAGACAAAAGAAGAGAAGGGAAAAAGAAGUGGAGGAGAGAGAGUGUCCCCUGAGUCCCGUCCUCACAUUCAGACAGGAUCACCACAGUCCCUGGAAGGGGUAAUAAAUCAAAUUCUGGACUUUGUUCAUCAGAUCGCUGACGAUUCAACUACUCAUGUUUGUGCAGUGACAGAGCUCCUCAUAUGGCUUACUGAACAGGUUGUAUCGACACUGCCUGAUGACAUCAGACCCGGGCCAGACCUGUAUGGGGUGCCAUGGGAACCAGUCAUCAUCACCAGUGUGGUGGGGCUGGUGACAAUGCUGUUGUUUACCUGUAGAUGUUAUAGCUCUUUCAAAAGCAGAAUGUAUCGAGUUAAAGAGCGGCGGAUGGCUGAGCAUGUUGCGCAGCUACUGGAUGAGAAGUGUAAAGUCCUUGAGACUCUCAGCAAAUGUCAACAAGAGUAUGAUGACCUGGAGAGCUCACUGAGGGACAGUGGUGUCUUGGCCCAAACUCAAAAGACAGAACAUCUUGAGGUUAAAGCCACACAGUUGGAACAUGCCAAAAGGGAGCUUGAUAGGGAUCUUGAACAGCUAAAGGAUCAACUGGACCAACAGAGAGAACACAGGAUAGAGCAAGAAAAGAGGAUUGCAGUGCUUGAAGAAACCAUGAAAACAUUUGAAGAAGAAACCAAUGACCUCCAGUUACAGGAAGAGCAGGCACAGACCACUCUGAAAGUGUACAAUAUGAACAGUGACAGACUACAGAGGAAUCUGGAAACAGCUGGAGAGGAGAACACACUGCUACAGGAGAGCAAUGCUCAGUUGGGGCAGCAGGUGGAGGGAUGGGCAGAAAGAGUAAGUGAGUUGGAGGCGGAGAUGAGCAGGUGUGAGGUCGCCCACAGGGGGAUGCUGCAGGACGUGGCCAACAAGGAUGAGCGUAUAAUGUCCUUGACAGAUCGGCUGCUGAGCAUGAAAGCUUGGGAUUCAGACCUGGAGGAAGAGGCAGAUGGGGAAGGAGAAGGGAAGGAGGCGUCCAAUGGUACAGCAGGGAGAGGAGAGGAGAAUGGAAGAGGAGACAUUUUGGACACACAAGGCCAUCUCCAGAAAGUCCAGAAACUUAUCUAUGCUGCUAAGCUGAAUGCAGACCUCAAAUCAGUAGAUGAAGACAAAGACCGAUUAUUUGCCAAACUGAAUGAUGAAGUCAAAGCUAAAGAAGACUUGCAAGUGAGAAUUGAGGAGCUGGGUAAUGAGAAAUUAUCUCUGCAGUCGGACACUGAGCAGUACUCAGAUCAGGUCCAAAGAUUACAACAGAAACUCCAGAUUAUGACAGAAAUGUACCAGGAGAAUGAGCUUAAGUUACACAGGCUGCUGACAGUGGAGGAGAAGGAGCGCGUGCAGAAAGAGGAGAAGUUAAAUAAAGCCGACAAAAACAUCACCAUGGCCAUGGAAGAACUCAGCAACUAUAGACAACGAGCAGGAGAGAUGGAGGAGGAGCUGGAGAAAACCAAACAGUCUUACCAGACUCAAAUAUCGGCACAUGAGAAGAAGGCGCACAAUAACUGGCUGGCAGCCCGAGCAGCAGAGAGAGAGCUAGCAGACAUCCGGAGAGAGAACGGCCUCUUCAGACAGAAGCUGACAGACACACAGUUUAAACUGGACGCCCUUGACAACGAUCCCUACGCCUUGGACAGCCUGGCUAGACCACUGCCUUUCAGAGCUGAAAGGUCACCGUACGGCCCAUCUCCUCUGGGUCGACCUGCAUCUGAAACCAGAGCUUUUCUUUCUCCUCCUACAUUAAUGGAUGGACCACCUGCUAGACUGUCUCCACGAGUGUCUCGGGGUCCAGUGGAGCCCCCAGGUGGCCAAGGAGAGAUGGAGCGGAGUGGAGGUCCUCAUUCAGACAGUGGCUCAAUCUCUCCAACAUGGGAGAGAGAUCGUAGGGGCCCCCCACCAGGACCCCCAGGCUAUAUGUUCCCAGAACAAGGAGGUCCGAUGUACAGGAGACCUCCUCCCGGAGCUCUGGGUCUCUUGCCUCCACCCGGCCCUCUCCAUCCUAGGGGUCUCCCCCCAUUACCUCCUCACCCUGCAGACAUGGCGGAUGGCUCAUACAGAGAAAACAGCCAUGGGCCUGGUGAACAGGAACACAGAGAGUCGGGUCCUGGUGACCGAAGGACUCCCCCUGAAACGGAUCCAAGGAUGGGGGGCGCACCCCCACCUGGACCCCCGAUGGGGCCAAUGGACGGUCCCUUUCCCCGUAGAUCCCCUUAUGGACCACGACCUCCUGACUUUUACCCUCCUAGGGGACCUGGGGGCCCUCCCAUGAUGCCUAUGUGGGCCCCUCCUCCUGCAGGGAUGAUGUUCCCUCCUCGUUUCCCUCCAGGUGGACCUCCUCAUCCUCACUACGCUCCCCCCAUGCGGCCCCCUUUGCCCGACGGCCACCUACAUCCUUCCAUGGGUCCUCCCCCUCCUCAGCAGUCCUUCCCCUCCCCGCCACACAGCCAGUCGCCAGAGGAGCACACGCCCUCGCCUGAAGACGCCAUUUGAGCCCGACCAGGUUUUCCACUUGAGCUGUGAGAUGACGUGUUUGUGGUUAAAGUUGAACUCAGCGGUAGACAGAUGGUUGGCCAGGUUGCGGUUUUCCAUCUUCCCAGGAUGUAUUUAAUGAAGAGUGUUAGCGCAGCCUUCAUUAGCCCACUUUGUUGCCGUUUGUUUGCUUGGGCCCCGUCUUUCUGCUCUUUUAACAUCCUCUCUCUUUCUUCUGCUCGGUCACUUGUCUUUUUUUUUUUUUUCCUUCUGGUACUCUCGCUCUGCCCAAUCAUCCAUCUACAUCACCUGUGAAGUGUGUGUGUGUCUGUGUGUGUGUCUGUGUGUGUGUGUGUGUGUGUGUGUGUGUGUGUGUGUGCCACACACAAAUUUUCUUGUUUGCUUGACAAUGCCAGAAAGGUUUUUAAUGGUACUUGCUGUGUGGCUGAGAAUGUGAGAGUGUUUUACGGAUGGCAUGAGUCAAUAUUUCAUCCCAGUGGCACAGAAAGAAAUCUAAAUGAUCAUGGGCUAUCAGGGAAGAAAUGCAUCUUUUAAGGUCUAAUACAAUAUAUUUUAUUAUACCAAACACUCUUGCUAUUGUCACCAUAGUUUUAAAAACGUAGCCCUUCAGCAUCUACGAAGUUGACCUAAAUCAGAUCACCUCAGAUCUUGUUUUGUCUGUGAAUGAACUGAGAUGAUCUUAAACACUAAAUAUUCCCUCAGAGGUAAAAGGAGUUUCUUAAAAUAUAAUUAAAGCGCAUAACUGAAUUUCACUGACUUCCCUGUGGGAUUUCGCCUUCCUCAACAAAGCUAUUAUUUCAAACAGCAGCAAGUAAAUCAUGCUUUUGAUUAUGUUACAGUGACUUGCAUAUGGCCUAAGCUUGAAAAAAAAAGUGGCUUAUUGUAGCCGCUUGUAUUUUGUCGAAGUAAACUGUGACUCAUCGUGGCAGUCACAGAGCGGUGAUUAAAUGGACUGACUGGAAGAGACCCUCAGAGCCAGAAAGAUCGCACCCAUGUAAAUUUUGUAAAAAAUAAAAGUGAUUAUUAAUAGAUAAAUAAAGACAAUGUCAAAUUGUCAAUGUCUCCAUAUUUCACUAAUGUAUUAAUGUUCAAUUUGUUGUGCAACUCAUCAGCGGCCACCAGGGGUAACAGAGCAUUGGAAUAUAAUUGGAGGUCAGAUUUGGGUAGUUAUCAGUGUUUUCUAUAAUACUGUACAUGACAUGCAAUGAUGUUUUAAAUAUGGUAAAUAUAUAAUGACAAAUUGAAAAAUGUUUAAUUUACUGUAACCAGGAUUGUACAGCACAAUUCAUAUGUAACGAUCUCUACCUAAACUACCCGAACAAGCUCUUGUGAUGUCAUUUUAAACAUUUACAGAACUUUUAUUUAAAGGUGAACAAAACAUUCUGAAAAUAAAUUUGCGACUCCAAGUUUAAAUUACAAGACUUGUGUACACUGUAUAUCAUUUGGUUGUUUGUAGAUCAACUGAGCGCAUAUUCAGAUGUUGCCUAGCGUAAUCAAUGGAAAUACAAACGAUAGACUUGGUUUUUCCUGUCCAAUUUCUACAUAGAUAACAUCACCUUCGUGUGUGGUAACGAGGAACUACUUUAUACUAGAAUACGUAGCAGUUUUGUUAUGGUAUGGCUAAUUAGCAGACAAGAUCACUUUCAUAGACAAUCAUCUACAAUCACAACAGACCUUUUUAACAGCAGACAUUUUGACAUGUCAAAGCAGGAAAAGCCCUAAUGUAUGUAACUAAUAAUGCAUGUACUGUAUGUAUGUUAACGAUAAUGAUGGCUCCAUUUUAGUUAGGUACGCCAGUUCCUGGGUCCUGGUAUUUUGCAUGCUGGCAUGGAAACUGCAAAAUAUUUCAU